AUGAAUUAUAUUAACUACUAAAAUUUAGACUAAAAACAUAAUCCUUCGUUAUAAAGAGAGAAGUAAAGAGAGAAGGACAACUUUAAUUAAGGUCGCAAUGCUAUUAAUUUGUUACAAAAUAAUAUUGACAUUAAUCAAUAGAUAAAUUAGGAUUAAGAAACAUAUGAUGCUAUCGUAUAUACUAUGGAAUGGUCUGAACGACUAAACAUUGAAUUGCAAAAACUAAAGACAAUAUUAAUGCGAAAAUUGGAUGAAGCCCUACAUUAUGGUGGAGAAUGGUUAAAAGAAAUGGAGAGAAAAAUAAGCAAUUUUGAAAUUCAUAAGAAAAAGGAAUUAAUUCAACAAAAUAAUGCCUCUUAUAUACAAAAAAUAAUACACGCCUUUGAUUCUAUGAAGAAAGAAAUUAAAGACAAUACAAUAGAUUUGUUGUUGAAUGAUUUUAAUAUUAAUUUAAAAUAGAUAUAGACAAAGGAAACUAGUAAAGAAUAAUACAAAAUAAUUAAUUAAUUUGAUUAAAGAGAAAUUUGUUAUAGCAUAGCAUUUAAUCGAUAAAGUACUAUCAUGGUUAGUGGUGCACAGGAUGAGAUCAAGAUAUGGAAAUUUCAGGAUGGAAAGAAAAUAGAGUGUAUUCAAAAGAUUAAAGGAGAUAGUGAAAUAGAUUAUGCAACUUGUUUAGUUUUCAGCUAAAAGGCUGAUUUUUUUAUAUCAGGUAGCUUUGAUUCAUCUAUUAAGCUAUAUUACAAUUAAAAUAAUAAAUGGAUAUCGUAGGCAUGCAAAACAUCCCACAGCGGUCUUGUUACUUGUGUAAUUUUAAAUAAUUAAGAGGAUUAAUUAAUAUCAUGCAGUUAGGAUCUCUUUAUUUUUAUUUGGAAAGUAAGCCUUACUUAAAAAUCUAUCUAAUUUGAUUAUUAAUUAAAAAGACACGAAAAAAUUAUCCUUAGUCUCUCCAUCAAUCAAUCGGAUACCGAGUUUGUGUCGACAGGGUAAGAUUAAAAGAUUGUCGUCUGGAAAAAAGAUGCUAAUAAGAAAUGGAGUUUUAACUAAUUGAUAGAUCAUUCAUACUCUGAUGUUGGAUGUAGAGUUUCUUAUAUUACAGAUACUGUUAUUGUUUGGUAAUAAAGCAAUCAGCCAUAUGUUCAUUUCUUUUAAUUAUUAAAUGGCAUGUAUGUUUUCAAAUAAUCAAUCCAAUUUCCAGAAUCAGAAACUUGCGCUGAAAAUUUUUAGUUCUUAUUCCCAACAAUAUAUAAUAGAGAAAACAAAGUCAUAAUUCAAAAGAUCAACAAGAAAAUCUAUUUUAUUCGUUUUGAUGAUGACACUUAAUAAUAUCAAGUUGAUUCUAGUACUAUCUCGUGCUCCAGUAGUGCUGUAUUUGGUAAUUCAACUUAGGAUGGCAAAUAUUUAGUCAUUUGGGACCCUUUUUUUACCUAAUUUUCAGUUUAUGAAUUAUUUUAUAAUUGA